CUACGUCUACGAUCGAGCUCGCUGGCCUUGUUCGACUUUUUUAGUUUCGAUUUUGUGACCUACAUAAUUGUACAUUGUAUGUGUGACUUUACUGUGUCCACUGGCAGCCGAUGAUAAUGCCGAUGGUCACAGUCUUGAAUUAUGUUGAAUGAGUCUUUUUCCACGCUACCCCCGCAGAUAUCACCGUUUUGAAUAAUUAUCAGCCUACUUGGCACGAGAAGAUCAUGGCACGCUGCUGUGCUGGUGACGCAGUGUCCACAUCCACAGCAGCAGCUAUGUGUACGGAAUAAAGCCUGUGUGAUACAUUUCUUUUGGUAGAAGAAUCUUCGUAUCUCUUACAGCGUGUUGUCUCUCAGCAACUGUCUUCAUCAGCUCCGACCUUGUUGUGGACUUGGGAAAGCAGUCUACUAUGAUGUCGGCAUCCAGCGAUAGCAGCAUGGCCAGUUCAUCUCCUGAGAACGCCGCGCAAGCAGGGCACCCUCCGGAGCCGAAAUUCAAUUCCAUUGAGCAAAGUGGGACGAAAUGGCAGACACCGAGCAUCUACGAGAAUUUGACAGUUCUUCCCACAGCUGGUGCGUUUGGGCAGGUCUGCUCAGCUCUGAACUCCCUGACGGACAGGGAAGUGGCCAUCAAAAAAUUGUCUAGACCGUUCCAGUCCAAUAUGGACGCGAAGCGUACAUGUCGCGAGGUGAGUCUGCUAACGUACAUGCGACAUGAGAACGUUAUCUCGCUGGUGGAUGUAUUCAGCCCGGACUUAUCGGAAGACAACUUCCGUGAGCUGUACAUCGUCACACAAUUGGCUGGCACUGACUUAAAUCGGAUUGUAAAAACCAGGAGCCUGGAGCUGGAAAACUCGCACGUCCAGUUUAUUGCCUAUCAGAUUUUCAGAGGCCUGAAGUACAUUCACUCAGCCGGCAUAAUUCACCGAGACCUCAAGCCGGCAAACAUUGCUAUAACGGAAGACUGUAGCGCCAAGAUCAUUGACUUUGGCCUGGCGCGUCUUGCCGACUCCGACUCGAUGACCGGCUAUGUGUCGACUCGCUGGUACCGCGCACCCGAGAUCCUGGCAAACUGGACGCACUACAACCACACAUCCGAUGUGUGGAGCGUGGGGUGCAUAAUAGCAGAGAUGAUAACGCGCCAGCCGCUCUUUCCGGGCCACGAUCACAUCGACCAACUCAAAAAGAACCUGCAGCUUAUCGGUAUACCAGAUCAGGAAUUUAUUGACAAGUUGGCUCUACCGGCCGCCCAACGUUUUUUCGAGGGCUUGCCGCGCUAUGAGCGCACCAAGGUGUCCAACAUCCAUGGCCUGGAGGAUGCCGACGAGCGAGUUAUUGACCUUCUGGAAAAGAUCUUUGUGAUCGAUACUGGAUCUAGAAUUAAUGUCGGUGCCGCAUUGGCUCAUCCAUACUUCUCCGACUACCAUGAUCCUGAUGACGAGCCGGUUGCAGAGCAUCCGUUUGAAGAGAAGUAUCUUCUUGAUCUUGAUAAGAUUCAGCCUAAGAACCAGUGUGAAUAUCUGAGGAAGAAAGUCCGCGAGCAAGUCCUGGCAUGGCGUGCAGAUAAUCCAUACAAUGCUAUGAAGAAACCCCAAGAUUACAAUUUAGAGGACAAGAGCAGAAGUUCAUGAGGUCAGUCUUCUAGUUCAAGACUGUGUGCGUGCGUGCGUGCAUGUGUGUGUGUGUGUGCGCGCGUACUCAGUUGUGUGUGCAUGUGUGUGAGUGGGGAGGGUGUGAGUGUGUGCGUGCAAUACCGACUUCUUGAGUUCUCGGCUGACGAUCUCCACAUCGCUGGGGCACCACUAAAACUGCUCAUAUUUGUGGUGGUGGUGGCUUCGGUGUUGUGAGUGUUGGGUACACUGUUCGGGUCAUCUUGUGAAACAAAUGCAAGUAUAUACCUACUUCAGCCCAGAACAAAGAAGUUUCUGGUGAAGCUGAGUGGAUGUUGCCUUGUAUCACGAACCAGCCUCCUGCCAGACCGUAUCAACUGUUUGCUCUAUGGUGUUCCAACCACAUUCUGUAUUCUCUAUUUAUGAUACGAAUAAUCGUGUGAUAAUUAUGGUGACGGUAUAGUGCUCAUGAAAGACAAGCUUUAUUUUAAUAUACAUGUCAACAAUCAUGACCAAUGCUUUGCUUCAUGAAAUGACCUAGUGUACGUUCUAUGUUUCAUGUGAUGCUACAUUAUGUUGCUGGUGCUGGUGUACUUGUAAGGAAUGUAUUUGAAAGGUGAUCUUUUUUUGUUACCGGAACCACCAAAGCUGUCUCUCAAGCCUCAAGCUUUUGUCUGAAAUCCAUGCUUUUGCUGCUCUACUAAGUUCAUCGCCUAAUGGUUUUGUGUGCAAUGGCCUUCACACCUGACGUAACCAUGUCGAGUAUUGUCGUGUCUGUGAUUUAAAAUAAUUAAAAAAUUAUCAUAAAAUAUACUGGCGUACA